CUGGAGGAAAACUUGUCUGACUCAUAGAAAAGAGAAAAGAGCCUUUUAGCGUUGACGACUUUGCCACUAUUCUGCAAGUCAUCGUGCUUCACCUUCACGUGACUGGCUGGCUGGAAUACCACCCUACUCUUUCUCCUUCUGAGGACAUCCCAUUCCAGGACUGUGCUUUGGUCUCACUCCCCCCCAGCAUGGAGUCCACCAAAGUCCAGUCAGAGGGUGGCCUCAAUGUCACCCUUACCAUCCGCCUCCUCAUGCAUGGAAAAGAGGUUGGAAGUAUAAUUGGCAAGAAAGGGGAAACAGUAAAAAAGAUGCGUGAAGAGAGCGGAGCACGGAUCAAUAUUUCUGAGGGCAACUGUCCAGAGAGGAUUGUCACCAUCACUGGACCAACAGACACCAUCUUCAAGGCUUUUGCUAUGAUUGCCUACAAAUUUGAGGAGGACAUAAUCAAUUCCAUGAGCAACAGCCCAGCAACCAGCAAGCCCCCAGUCACCUUAAGGCUUGUAGUGCCAGCCAGCCAGUGUGGCUCCCUCAUAGGAAAAGGAGGCUCCAAAAUAAAAGAAAUGAGAGAGUCCACAGGGGCCCAGGUUCAGGUGGCAGGGGACAUGCUGCCCAACUCCACAGAGCGUGCAGUGACAAUCUCUGGGACCCCAGAAGCCAUCAUCCAGUGUGUCAAACAAAUCUGUGUGGUCAUGCUGGAGUCUCCACCAAAAGGUGCGACCAUCCCUUAUCGCCCGAAGCCCGCCUCCACCCCAGUAAUUUUUUCUGGUGGCCAGGCCUACACAAUUCAGGGACAGUACGCCAUUCCACACCCAGAUCAGUUGACCAAGCUCCACCAGUUGGCUAUGCAGCAAACCCCCUUUACCCCUCUCGGACAGACCACCCCUGCUUUCCCUGGUUUGGAUGCCAGUCCACCUGCCAGCACCCAUGAACUCACCAUUCCUAAUGAUCUAAUAGGCUGCAUUAUUGGGCGCCAAGGAACCAAAAUAAAUGAGAUUCGACAGAUGUCUGGGGCGCAGAUCAAAAUUGCAAACGCCAUGGAGGGCUCAUCAGAGCGCCAGAUCACCAUCACAGGGACCCCUGCUAACAUCAGCCUGGCCCAGUAUCUCAUCAAUGCCAGGUUCAGGGACGUGGCUGCCAUGUGGAAUGACCCCUCAUCCAUGACUACAUCCUGAAGUCACCACAAAUCUGGUUCUGUUUGCAGAAGUUAACAUCAAAACCACCGCUUCACAAUUAACCUCAAUGUGUUAUCCCAUGGAACUUCCCCUAGACUCCCUUGGUUUUGCGUAACACUUUAGCAUUAGCCUGUGGGAGACCUAUAGUCAGAUAAACUACACUGGGAUUUGUUUUAAAUGGAUGUAGUGUAUCGUUAAAGGAUCAGUUUGACAGUCUGGGAACAACGGUCAUUCCUUUGUUUUCUUAGAUUUAGGUAAGAAGAUGAUUACCACUCUAAUCUCUGUCAGUUAAAUUUGAAGCUACAUCCCGGACACUGUUAGCUUAGCUCAACAAUGGCUAGACACAGGGGCAAACAGCUAACCUGGCUCUGUCCAAAGGUAACAAAAUCCAACAGCUCUGAAGCCUGGAUUCCACCGUGCAUGCAGGAGCUGCUCAUGGCCGUUGACAAUGCUUGUGAUUCCACCAGAUGAAUACACUUGUCAAAUUUCAACACCCCGUGCAGACACAGUUAAAACAGACAAGAAAAGAAAACAUUUAACUAUGUAGCCUACUGUAGCCUGCUCAGAAAAAUCUAGGAAAAAUUACCAGAUCAACACAAUCUGAGCAAGUCAACAAAGCCAGGCAGUCAAAAAGCUCAGCUUCUGAAACACUCUCUGAGGGGUAUGAAGUCGUGCAGAGGACAGAACAAAACCAUGUUACAGACGUAAUGUUAUAGAGCCAUGGCCAGUGGAAUAAAGGCAUACAGCUCCCUAAUUAACAUGCUGACUGCUAUGCACCCUCACAUUGCUGACAAGCCACAGGAUGACAUUGCAAGACAUAGUUUGGCCCAUAAAACUUUAACUUUUCAUUUUUUACACAAAUAAGCUCUAAUAUUUUAAUUAGGGAGUUUUAAAAGGUGCCAGUAAGCAGAUUUUACUACUUUCAGACAGAGCCAUGCAAGCUGUUUCCCCCUGUUUUCAGUUUUUAUGCUAAGAUAAGCUUGGUUAUGAUCUUCUCAUCUUUUUCUCCAAGAAAGCGAAUAAGCGUGUUUCCCAAAAUGUCAAAGUAUUCCUUUAAGUAUUUAUUUAGCAUGCCUCAUUCCAAGAAUAAUAGUAUUUUUCUUAUUGUCAUUACUAUCUUAGAUACAUUUGCUUAUUAAGUCCUAUUGUGUCAUUGUCUGGAAAGAGUAAAAUUAAUAAAAAAUGUAAAAUGAACAAAAAAGCAAAGAAAAAAAGAACACAUUACUGCCACUCGAGCAAUGCUGUUAGAAAGAAGAGUGAUGUGAUGCUUCUGUCAGGGAAUACAGCAACUUCUACAUUGGAAAUUUCAUGACACCACCAUUUUUUUUCUGUCCACUGCAUGACUUCAUUAGAGCACUAGUAAGGCGUGGUUAUGUUACCAUAUUUUUGAAGAUAUUUUAUGUGAAAGGAAACAAUGAAAAUAUGGUAUCAAAUCUGUGUAAAAGAAAAAAAAAACAGGUGCCGGCAAAAAUUGGAGCACAAAGCCGGGCAUUGCAGCAUACCUUUACUUUUGAGCGAAAGUCCUUCUUUCACAGCUGUUUUUAUUUUCUCUGUCUACCCCCCCCCCUUCCACUCCUCCUCCUCCCCCGCCUUCCCUGAACUGUUCUAGGCUGACGUCUGAAGUCACUGGAAUGGGCACACUCUAAUUUCUACCCGUCUUCCCUCAGUGCAUCACAUGACCCUUGAGCAAAUGGCAUUACACCUAGUUUUAUUUAUUUCUCUGUAUUUGACUGUCCUGAUAUUUAAGUGACUUUAACAUUUAUAAUUUCUUGUAUUUACUAUAAACAUGUUUAUGCACUGUUACUUGGAUUCCUCACACCUAUCCAAAACCCUGUUGUUUCUGUUUCUGAAAGGUCGCUUUAGUUUUUUGACACUCUAGUACCUUUCAUGGCAUCUUACUCACUGCACCGCUUUGUUUUGCCUCGUGCUUUAACACGUCACUACUACUACUAUUUUUUGCACUGCAGGCACCUGAAAGUAAAUGCAAACUAAACUGAAAGACUGAAGAACAAUUUAAACCAAGGUUGUCCCUCCCCCACCCUGCAUUUGAAUGUAUUGACACAUUUUGUAUUCCAUAUUUAGACCACUAUACUACCUGUGUCAAUGCAUUGCUAAACACAAAAGUUCAAUAAGCACCUCUAAACCACAUAUUUUAUGGCAGUCUAUUUCAUACUUUCAUGAUUGAUGAAAUGAAUGCUUUAUUGCGUGCCUGUAGACAUUUACCUGUUUGUCUUAGUGUUGUAUCUACACUAGAUUGAUCUGCAUGACCCACAAAAUCGACUACAUUUCCAAUUUAUUUUAAAAGCAAAUGGGCAGAUAGGAGACUAAAUUGUGAAAUGGAAUGGAACAAGCCUUAAACAGUCUAUUUGAAAUGACCUCAUGGGUACAGUCCAAUAUACAUCCACCAUAAUAUGCAAAUAUCAGUCCGAGUUUCAUGUGAGAUGUGACAUAAAGGCUGGGAAAAUGAAAAUGACCAUAAAUGGCCGCAGCAAAGAAAUCCAACUGCAUGCAAUGAAUAAACCACACUUUUAUCACCUAUACUUCACAAACAUGUAAUCGCGUUAUUCAUGCUGCCAUCUCAUAGCAGCUAUGGUUAAGAAAUGUCCAAGAGUUGUCUAGCUUUUCAUUCACAUGCAGCUCAUUUAAGGGUUUCUGUGUAUUUCAAAAGGGCUGAAAAGCUCCUGGGAAGCAAGACCCUAGUUAGUCAAUCAGGUCUGUUUUUCAGCUCCUUCCUCACAUGCGCCUAUUACAAUUUGGUAGUCAACAAGCCACUCCAGACAUGAAAAACAUAGCAUGUAUAAAACAUUGGAAACACAUUUUCAACGUAUGUAUCUAUCAGUUGUUGAUUUUGCAGGUUAUGUCAGCCAAUCAAGCUCCAUACAAGCCUUCCGGUACAUAUACAUGUAUGGAUGACUCUGCAGUUGCAAUCUAAUAUCGAGUAUCUCCUUGGUUACACCAGGCUGGAUAUCUGUUUCAGAUAUGCACAGACCAAACCAAACUGUGUCCCUGUUCAAAGUAAAGCUGAAUUAAUUUCAAAAUGUGUUUUAACUGCUAACAUGUCAAACACCUUCAAUUAGUACAGUAGAAAAUGAUGCAGAAUGAUGAAUAUAGUAGAGUGGGAAUGCUUAUUUAUAAUAGAAAAUGUAUGGGUGGGCAGGUUGCUCUCAAGAGAAAUUCUGUUACAAAUUACAGUUUAUUACACUAGAUACAUGUAGUGUUAUCAAAUCUGA